GCGGGUGAAAUGAAGAUAGGGGACGUGAAGGAGACAGGCAGAUUGGAUGUGUCUGUGGUGCUGACUAUAGAGUACACAAGGCUGUAGAUAGCUAGGUAAUGCCUCCUGAGUCUCUACUGCCUGAGUUUACAGAGAUAGUUCAGAGAAAUUGUGGUGAAACUCAUUCCUUCAGAAUGCAGGAGCAAAGACACUUCAGAAGAAUAUCUGUGACAGUUUGGUGCCUGGUGAUUUUCGUCGUCGUCCAGCAGGUGGCUCCAGGUCCUGUUCCAGACAGAGAUGGAAAGUCAGAUUCUGUGCAGGGAGCUGCAAAGUCACACAGGAGGUUGGCCCGCAUGACGCCCCUUUGGAGGAUCAUGGGCACUAAACCCCAAGGAGCCUAUUGCCAGAAUAAUUACGAAUGCUCCACAGGCGUGUGCAGGAAUGGACAUUGUACCUUCAGUCAGCCGAUUAAGUCCUAAGAGGGGAUAAGAUUUCUUCUUCUCCUGCGCAAGUGAGGAUGACUGUCCAGCCCCUGCACAGAAACCUGUAUUUACCCAGUGCAUGGAGACAAAAAGGGCUUGAUUCGGUCAGCAAUGUGAGGAAAAUGUGAUGUAAUGUGCAAUGUGUUGUGUUUAAAGACAGGCUACGCCUAAACUAAGCUAAGAGUAGGAUCUCACUAUGUUUGUGUCGAAUUAUGGGCAAUAUAGAGUGGUCUGGAGCUGAAGCUGUGUAGGUGGGCAUGUUACGCUCCAAUUAUAAUCAUAUCAGUUCAUAAUAUUCACACGUAAACUCUCUCUCCAGUGUAUCAACAUAAACCUCAUAACCUUCAAGUGCAAAGCAUGGUAUAUAUAUUUAUACUAUUAUUCUAUAAUAUCUUCUAUUUAAUAACACAUUUUCUAAAAUUUUCCAGACCAUGAAUAGAUCCUCUCAUAUACAUGUGUACAUGUAAGAUUUUUGGUGGUGCUAGUGAUGGAGGUGUAGUGGGAAUAAUACUGUAGAGGCCUCUGGAUACACUUUAAGCUUAGAAUCUGUCUGUUUCCAGAAGAGCGCUUCUCAGUAUUGUAUCAUGUCAUGUCUCGAUGCUGUGCAAGUAGGUCUAAUAGAAUGUUGAAACCGCAGAUCGUGCAGAGUUUCAACCCGAGUGUCAUUGAACUAGAGAUACUGUGGUGCAGAAAGGGAAGAAAAAGAGUGAUCCAAGGUGCAAAGGUAGCCUCUGUCAACUGAGGGAAGCUAAUGUUAUUUUUUUAUGUUCUGUUGAUCAUGUCAGUUGUCUUUUUCUAACAUUUUCAAGGUACCGGUACUCUCAGACUUUGUAUCUAUUUUUGUAACUGCUAAUACACAGCUGACCAUAGUCAUAUGUCUUGACUCACAAAACUGAAUCAGGACUACCAAGUGUCCUUGUAUGUUCUAGAUAUUUAUUAUUUUCCUUGUGUUGCUUGUUUUGAAUGAUUUGACCCAUAUAUAUUUGGGAGGCUCUUAAAAUGAGAAAUCUGCUGAUGCUGUUACUGUAGUCAGGUGUUAAGAGAUGUCAUCAUUAAAUGUAAGUGUGUGUGUGUGUACUGUAUUUGUGCUUAGUAUAUUGAUUUUUCUUUUAUGCAUGGUGCAUGCUGUUUGAAUAUGUAUUAAGUAAAUAAAAACACUUUUAUACUUUUAAA